AUGCCUGCGCUGCCGACACGCCGGGUUGUGGUGACGGGGCUUGGGCUUGUCACCCCGCUUGGAGUGGGUGUAGCGGAGACAUGGCGACGGCUCCUAGCGGGCGAGUCUGGCCUUAGGCAGCUGCGCGAGGACGAUCUUCCCGAGCCGCAACGACCCGCGCUGGCAUCCCUGCCCUGCCGAGUAGCAGGACUAGUGCCAAGAGAGCAGCUGGAGGAGGCGUGCUUGAGGAUGGGUCUAUUGGAGCAGGAUGUCCGCCGGUCGUCGAGGUUCAUGGUGCUGGCGCUGGUGGCAGCGGAGGAGGCGCUGGCAGAUGCCAGGUGGCGCCUGGCGGACUUGGACCCGGGGGGCAAUACAGUGGAUGUGGAGGCUCGCAGUCGAUGCACGGGUGUGGUAGUUGGCAACGGCAUGAGCUGUACUACGGAGGUUUCGGAGGCUGGGGCGCUCGUGUGCUCGGGUCGGGGCCGCCGUGUAUCGCCCUUCUUCGUGCCGCGCAUCUUGCCCAACAUGGCUGCAGGUGCCAUCAGCAUCAGACACGGUCUUCAAGGCCCCAACCUGUCCCCCUCCACCGCUUGUGCGACCGGGGGGCACGCUGUGGGAGAUGCCUUCCGGCUCAUCCAGCGUGGCGAGGCGGAUGUUAUGGUAGCAGGCGCAUCCGAGGCUUGUGUGGAUGCCAUCAGCCUCGUGGGGUUCAGCCGCCUCAAAGCCCUCUCUACAGGCUUCAAUGACGCACCCACCAAGGCAUCACGGCCGUUCGACGCGUUCCGGGAUGGCUUUGUGAUGGGCGAGGGGGCCGCAGUGUUGGUGCUUGAGGAACUGGGUCAUGCCCGUGCACGAGGGGCAAACAUAUAUGCUGAGGUGAGAGGCUAUGGUCUGUCCGGUGACGGAUACCAUAUCACGCACCCGCAUCCGGAUGGCCUCGGAGCUGUGUUGUGCAUGCGGCGGGCGCUGGCUGGCUCCGGGCUUUCACCUCGUGACGUGGCGUACGUGAACGCGCACGCGACGUCCACCCCUACCGGAGACGCAAUUGAACAAGCGGCGAUUCUGUCGCUCUUUACGGACGACUCGCCCACUGCCGCCAUUACCAACUCUGUUGCGACGCCUGGUGUCGCAGUGAGCAGCACCAAGGGCGCUACAGGGCACUUGCUGGGUGCUGCAGGGGCAGUGGAGGCAGCUUUCACCGUGCUUGCGCUGAGGGACAGGAGGGCACCGCCAAUGCUGAACCUGGAGCGCCCCGAUCCGCCUCUGCUCACGGGCCUAGUGGGCUGUGACCCCGUCAAUCUGCCUGCGGAUCGGGCCAUUGCAGCGCUGAGCAACUCCUUCGGCUUUGGCGGCACCAACAGCAGUUUGCUGUUCGCAACGUUGGACGCGGAUGUGCGACUAGAUGUGACAUGUUAG